AUGAGCGGCUCUGCCCAGCGAAGCCUUCUGCAACAACUCGCCGAGGACAGCGAGCUGUCCUACGCACACGCGAUCAUUGCCAAUGCACGGCCUGGCACGCGUUGCCACGAGCUGCGGCAACGCCUCUCGGGUGCUGGUCGCGGGAGGCAUCUGACUUUGCUGGUUCCGGUCAACGCAGCCGUUGAGAAGCUCGUCAAGGCCAAGGGAAUGACGCCCGACGUCUUCUGUAAGAUGCCAGAGGCGGCUGAGCUCCUGGCUGGGCAUGCUGUGGAAGACGACUGGCCGCUUGCGCAACUUCGAUUGCUGGGGACUCCGCUGGAAACACUGCGUGGAGAAAGCAUGCAGCUUGCGUUUCUGCCCACCGGGGAGCGCCGGGUUUCUGCGAAAUUGGUCAGCUCCGGAGAUCGGCCCGUGGAGCUCCGGGGCGACAUCGCUUGCAGCAAUGGCCUCCUGCACAAGAUAGGGAAGAUGCUUGUCCCUGCCCCUGCGAAGGGCUGGACGGUCAGCACCAGUCUGGCAGACAUCCGAAAGAGGCAUUUCGAUUCAGUGCAAGAGAUGUACAAGGCGCGCAUGGAGGUGAACGGCAAGACGGGCCCCCAGAGAAUUGUGGGAGAGCUCAACAAGGCCGUGGAGAAGCGGAGGACUGCAUCUCACCUGUUUGAUCGUCGGAGAGCAGAAGCUUUUGCUCCCUUCUAUGGUGCUGACUAUGAACCCAGAGUCUACUCAGGCACGAAGGAGUUGCCGGAGCACCGGGACAGAUCCCACCUGCGGAUUCGCGAAGAGGCUGUCCCCCGGGACAAAACGAAGCCCUCAGUGCAGCCCACCCUUGAAGAGGUUUGGGAGGAGUGGGAGCCGCUGAAGCGAGAAGAAGUGAAGCUGAGCGCAGAGUUAGAGCGGUUCCGCGAGCACCUCAACUCCCAGGAGGCCGUGCUGGCGGAGCAUGCUGCUCUGGUUCGUGAGGUGCUGCCGGGGGCAAAGCUUUCCUGGACACACGCGCCUCCGCAAGCGAUCAUGACCGUGCAGCUGUUCAGUGAGUCCGACUGUCAGCUGCUGCGGUCCUGCCUAUCCCGCCAGGAUCCGCUUCUAAUUGAAACGGAGGUUCGUGUCGGUGGACGCCUACUUCCGGCCAACAGCCGCCUGUGUGAAAGAGUCCCUCCUGAUGGUGCAAGACUGCCGGCAACCUUUACCAUCAUCAUGCCCGAAGCAAUGCCGGGCGGUUCAGCGUUUCCGCUCUGGAAGGCGCCCGAAGAGGAGGAGCUCCCCAAAGGCCUUGAGACGAGGCCGCACCUCGAGGCCAGUCUGCUGCUGGAGCAAGUUGCCGAUCAUUUGCAGCCUUCGGAGCCUCUGGAGUCCCCUGGCGCCGAGUUGGAGAAGCUCUGCGCCAGCAUCGCUGGGCAGGACGAAUCCGCGAGUCUAGAGGCCGUGCUGUCCUGGCUGGAGAAGCAAGGCGUGCAGUGGGGUCUUCCUCAGCGUUGGCGUGUCGCGCGGUUCUUCGAGGCUGCAGAUGCAACCGCUCCAGCAAUGUCGCCCAAGAGAGAAGGCAUGUCCGGGCAAGAGAAGCAUCCGCAGGAGUCCGAAGUGUCGUCGUUGUUCCAGCUUCGGAUCAAGAAGAAGUCUCUUGCGGCCUUCCUCAACAUGCCGAGGUUACCGGAGGAGCACCAUGAGCUCCAAGCGUUUGUGGGCCAUCUGCGACACCUAGCGGCUGACCUGCGCACAGGGAAGACUUCCCAGCGCCUCGAGCAAGAGGUCAACUCUCUUGCGGCUGAGCUCGACGUCCUCAGAGGAAGGAUGGAGGUUCUGGAGUCCAGUCUGCCAAGCCCAUGGUCGCCACCCGUCGCGACAUGGCAGGAGCUGCUCGGCACCACUCCUCCCGCUCUGUCGCCCGAGGCACUGCUGCCACUGGUCCGCGAUGUACUUUCAGAUGCCAGGUCGAAGGCGAUGCAACGCUCAGAAGAGGCCGCCGUCUCCGCGGAGGCCCUGAGAGCCAAUGCGGACAGCUUGUCACGACAAGUCCUCUGGGCAGAAUCGCAGGCUGCGGCCAAAGAAGCAGAAGCAGAUGUCCUGCAAGCAGAGCUGCAAGAGCAGGCACAGCAUCUUCGUGACCUGGAGAUGGAGCGGGCUCAAGGCGAAAAGAGGGCUCGAGCGAAGCAGGCCCUCGUCGUGGAGGAGGCGACGCGGCAAGCAGAUGCACUGGCGCAGCAGAGGAGCGCUGCCAAGGUUCAGCAAGUAUGGAGGCGACGCCGAGAGAUGGCGCAACGUCGGAUGCGAGCAGUGCUGCUCCUUCAGUUCUUUGUUCGACGCUGGCGAAGAAAGCGGCAACUGGCCGCUCGAAAGAUCCAAGCUCGCUGGUCCAACCUCAGGCGAGUGCCGCAGCGGAUGCAAGGCGCCGUGAGCAGCGGCGUCUCGCUCAUCGGAAGAGGAAUUCAAUCAGCUGUCGGACGAAAAAAUCGGGCUUUUGGGGGGAUCUGGUGGGAUCUCUGGUCUGCUUCGGCGCCCACCACACUACAGAGCCUUUGCUGCCAAUGA